GGGCGUUUUACCUACCUGAGAAGUUCACCAUAAUCUACCUCUACAGAUCAACACACGACGACUUCAGUUUGGCGUCAUACAAGACAGGUAGGAUUUUUGAAGAUAAUUUAUAGAAGCCAUUGGCUGGUACAUCAUUGUUGCAAGUUGGUUGUAUAAUUCCCUUCUGUACUUUCGUUUUUCCCUUCUACAUUUUCCUUCCACUUAAGAGAAGCCAUUGACUGGUUACUUACCUUGAAGUUUUCAGUCUUUUUCUUUGAGGUAGUAGCUGUUCUGGUGUUAAAGUGUGUAAGUUGUCAUUUUGUGGUGCUGUAAAUAAUUAUGGUUGCUAGUUGGUUUAUAUUGCCAAUGAUGGAUUUUUAAAUAAAUGAAGGACCUGUAUCUAAUUAUAUAUUCCAAACACGGUACUAUCAAGUAGAGUUAAGAACUUGUAGGGAAAAGUCAGACCAUUACAACAACAUGGUAGGUUCCGUACCUCUUUAAAGAUGAUUUCCCUCGUGUUAACGUUUAAAUCCUUUCCUGUUAAUUGACAUCGGCUAAUUUCUAUUCGUUUGGGGAGAGGUGACGUCACGCGUACCUGUGGUGGCCGGUGAAAUCAACGCUCUGACAAAAUUAUCCAUUUUUAACAAUCCUAUGUGAUAGUACCACCUGAUUUUUGUCAGGAUUAUGUAAGAAGGUACCACCAUCACAGUACCUAUCUUUCCUGCAUCAUCAAUACCAGGAAAAGUCGCUUUUGGAGCAUUUUUGAUAUGAUAAUGGACAAACACAUCAGGUGGUGACCACUACUCACGGUGACAUUCUGUACUCAACAUCUACCACCAUGGGACCUCAUAAUGUUAGAAAGUCUAUGACCGUUUCCGACAGACUGGAAGAGUUACAUGUAACGUUGAAAUGGAGAACUCCAUUACAAAGGAGUAUAUGGACACUAUAGUCAAGAAACUGAAAGAGGAGUUACAAACAGAAAUUCACAGAGAAAAUGAGGAAUUAGUGAAUUCUCUAAAGUGGAGGAUAAGUACACUAGGGACAGAAAACGAAGAUUUGAAAGAAAGUGUUAAUGUCCUUGAGCAGAGAGAAACUGAUUCGGAGGCAAACAUAGGCGACCUUGAGAAUCAACUCAACGACCUGGAACAGCAUGGCCGAAAGAAUUCAAUUAGGAUAUCCGGCCUCCGUGACCCAUCAGCCAGAGAAUCGGUAGAAGAAUGUGUGAAGAAUGUAGUUGAAUUCGCAAACACACAGCUGACAGUUCCUCUAUGUCCGGAAGAUAUUGACAUCGCCCACAGACUGGGAGGAUUCGACACCGCCAGAAAAAGAUCUGUCAUAGUGAAAUUCACGCAUCGACGGAAGAAACAGGAGAUCAUCAGGGCUCGGAGGAUACUAAGAGGAUCAGGAUUCACGGUAUCCGAGGACUUAACAAGGACA